AUGACCGCACCAGCCACCCUCAUCACCACCAUCAAGAGGCUUAUCCCGCCUCUCAGCGGCGCGUUGCACAAGGGGCAGGCAGGUCGUAUUGGUGUUGUUGGUGGAAGCGAGGAUUAUACGGGCGCCCCGUACUUUGCGGCCAUUUCGGGGUUGAAACUGGGCGCCGACUUGUCGCACGUCUUCUGUGAAAAACACGCAGGCACGGUCAUCAAGACCUACUCCCCCGACCUAAUGGUCCACCCCUACCUCCGCAACACCGACUCCCUCGGCCACCCCCCCUCUUCGCCCGAAGGCAAAAAAAUCAUCACCGACCAAAUUGAGCGUGUCGCAUCCACGCUCUCCCGCCUGCAUGUGCUUGUUGUUGGGCCCGGGUUGUCGAGGGAUGAGGUUAUGGGGGAGAUGACGAGGCAGAUUGUGGAGAGGGCGAGAGAGGAGGGACUGCCGUUGGUUAUUGAUGCCGACGGCCUCCUCCUAAUCCAAUCCGACCCCGAGCUAAUCAAAGGCUACACCCUCGCCGUGCUAACCCCAAACGUCAACGAGUUCAAGAAAUUGUGCGAGUCGCAGAAUGUGAAAUUUGACGGCGACCACAAAGACACCGCCGCGCAAAACCUUAGCAAAGCUCUCGGGAACGUGACUAUAUUGCAGAAGGGGCCGACGGAUAUCAUUUCUAACGGGAAGGAAGUUAUAAAAUGUGAUACGGAAGGCAGCCCACGCCGCUGCGGCGGCCAAGGCGACCUCCUGUCGGGCGCGUGUGCCGCGUUCUUGGCUUGGGGGAAGAAUUACGAGGCUAAAGCUUGGGACCACCCGCCAAACCCCGACCUCGACACAGACUUCCAAACCCGGCUUCCCCUCCUCGCCGCCUGGGCCGCGUCGCAUACCGCGCGGCUGUGCUCAAAAAGGGCGUUUGAGGAGCGGGGGAGGAGUGUGACGACGGGGGAUAUGGUUGAUGUGAUUGGUGGGGUCUUUGGGGAGGUUUGGGAGGGGGAAGGGGUGGUUAGGUCACAAUUGUGA